AUGCCUACUUCCAAGCGAUUCGAGCUUCCCAAGCUCGACUUCAAGUUCGGCUCCCUGACCGACGGAACCGACAUUCCCCCGCCGCUUCCCAGCCCCGUCCAGGAGGUCCCCACGCCUCCCCAGACCCCGCGUGCGAGCGAAACCAAGGACUCCGAACCCGCCGUUAAGGAAAAGGUCAAUGACAAGACGAAUGGCCACGGCCCGGCAGUGCCAAACUCGCCGGCCACCACCAAUGUUUCAAGCAGACAGGGCAGCAUUCGUCGUCUCUUCAGCCGAACAUUACUGAACCAAGCAUAUGCAGAGGGCGAAUCGCAAGCGAACGGUGGCGCCCCCCGCCCCAUGAGCCGUAGUCAGGGCAGCAUUGUCGACGAGAAGAAGGCGAAGCGCAGCAGCGGGUGGUUCAAGAGACUCAGGUCCCACGAUUCCUCACCGCCCCAAAAACGCUCCAGCGUCGUUUACGAGCACCCCAACAACAGCCAGACGCAGAGCCAAAGUCGGCCCCAGAGCAGGCCCCAAGUUCAGGGCCCCCCGCCACCCAUGAUUCCCGAGCUCAGCGCACUCGACACCAAGCUCGACGUCUCGGACGGAGGCAGCCUGGGUUCUGACCUGUUCAAGAACAUUAAGUAA